AUGAACGGUCUGUGGGAGAAGCCUGGGUCGCGGCAAGAGUAUUCGCAGGGCAACAGGCUCUCUGAAGCACUGGCAUCGUUACGACUAGAUCCGGACUGCCUAACCGCCACCAAGGCUGCAGCACUGGCCUCACCAUGUUUUUUUCACAAAAAAUUCGAUAAUGCUGUUAAUAUCGAUAAGGUUCUGGAAGAGAUUCAAGAUGUCGCAAGCAUGUCGCAUUCCAGACUCAUGCAGACAGCCACGGGUGUUCGAGAGGUUUCGAAACAGCUGCAACGUCGCCCGAUUAAGAUGACCUUCAAAAACAUUAUGAUAAUCACGAAGGCCAGAGACAAUGAGCUGGUGCACCUUACACGAGAGCUCGCAGAAUGGCUGCUCACGACACCGCGCUACGGUUCCGACGUUGGUGUCAAUGUUUACGUUGAUGCGAAACUACGCAGAUCCAAGAGAUUUGACGAAGCUGGCCUGCUCGCCAAGGAUAAACGGUUUCAAAAUAUGCUCCGCUACUGGACGCCGGAUCUCUGCUGGUCUUCGCCAGAGAAGUUCGAUUUAGUUUGCACUCUAGGCGGUGAUGGCACCGUCCUGUUUACUAGCUGGCUGUUUCAGAGAAUUGUUCCUCCGAUCUUGUCCUUCAGCCUCGGCAGCUUAGGCUUUCUCACGAACUUCCAAUUCCAGAACUACAAGGAGCAACUCAACACGGUUAUGGGCGAUGCUGGUAUGCGAGUGAAUCUUCGCAUGCGCUUCACUUGCACCGUGUAUCGAGCAGCAUUGAACACUUCUAGAGUAAGCGUCUCCAGCGAAGAUCAUAUUGAGUCCGAACAAUACGAAGUACUCAACGAGCUCGUCAUUGACCGUGGCCCAUCGCCCUACGUCUCACAGCUGGAAUUGUACGGCGAUGAUCAUCUCUUGACAGUCGUACAAGCCGAUGGCUGUAUUUUCAGUACUCCGACCGGUAGCACCGCAUACUCUCUCUCAGCCGGUGGAUCUCUCGUACACCCCGAUAUUCCUGCGAUUCUGCUAACUCCAAUCUGCCCCCAUACCCUCUCUUUCCGUCCUAUGCUUCUCAACGACACCAUGCUCCUCAAAGUCGCCGUCCCUGGCAAUUCUCGCGCCACGGCCUAUUGUUCCUUCGAUGGGAAAGGUCGUGUCGAGCUCCGCCCUGGCGAUCACGUUACCAUCGCAGCAUCACAGUACCCCUUUCCGACAGUUCUUAGCCAACCCACGGAAUGGUUUGACAGCAUCUCCCGCACCUUGCGCUGGAACACUCGUGGUGCACAACAAAAGGGCUGGGAUGGCCAAGCCACCGAAUCAAGCGGUGAAAGCGUCAAAGAACUCGAAUUCGACAUUGACAUCGAUGAUGUCGACCAUGAUUCGGGGUAUUCAGCGGCCAGUAGCAGUGCAGGCGCAGAAACGCCUCUGCGUCGUAAUUUCGGUAUGUUCUAG